AUGACGCCAACCGAGUUUGAUAACAACACCAUGCGAAAACAAAUGCAUGGAUCGAAAUUCUUUGUAGAUAACACCCACGUGAUCAUCGCUGGUGUGACGUCUAUCCAACAUCGUAAUCGAAGCCCUCCAACGCGUGGAAGAAAUUUUCUCUUUCUCCUUGGCCACCUGGAAAAUCCAAUCAAGUGUUGGACCAUCAUGGAAUUGUCUAAGAAAUCGAAAGAUGAUCCUGCUCGCCAACAGGAAUUACUCAUGCAAAUCAAGGCAAAACGAAGACUGGAUAUGGAUCAGACGUUGAACAAAAACAAUCAAAAUGUCUUUAAAACUCCUACCUCAAGCGGACGAGGUAGAAGGAGAGGCAGGAAAGCAUCAACUGUGAAAGCUGCACCUGUGAAAACCACUACUCCACCAAGUGAAAGCAAACGUUAUGAUACUUCACUGGGAUUGUUAACUAAAAAAUUCGUAGUCUUACUGCGGGAAGCUCGAGAUGGCGUUCUCAAUCUUAAUAAUGCCGCUGAUAAUUUAACUGUACAGAAACGUCGAAUCUAUGACAUAACAAAUGUCUUGGAAGGAGUAGGGUUGAUUGAAAAGAAAUCCAAAAAUAAUGUUCAAUGGAAGGGAUUUCAGUCAUGGAAAUGUGGUAAAAUCAACAUUCCUGCAAACUCUGCUAAUGAGACUGGUUUAAAAAAUCUUCACACAGCAGACGAUUUCCGAUGUCAGAUUAAAAAAUUACGUGAAGACGAGAAAACAUUAGAUUCCAUGAUUGCUAAACUAGAAGAAGAAAAUAAAGCUUGUAAAAUAUCUGAUGAAGCGUUAAAGUAUGCAUAUGUUACUUACAAUGACAUCACAAGCAUCAAGGAUUUUAGUAAUCAAACUAUUAUUGCGAUAAAAGCAUCCAAGGAUACUCUAUUAGAAACAACAGAGGAUAGACAAGUCUGGUUAAAAAGUAAUACUGCACCUAUUGAUGUAUACUUAUGCUCAGAUGGUAGCCAAAGCUGUGGCGAAGUAGGCCAACAAUACAAUCAAUCUAAUGAUCAUCUUACAACCUUUUCUAAUGCGUUUGAAUUUCUGACAUCAAGUGAUGACAGCAAUGAUUCGUCAGCUUUAGUAUCGGACAGCAAUCAAAGUAAUAGUAAUCAUGAUAUGGAUUACUACGACUAUGGUGCCAACACGGAUGCAAUAUCUAAAGAUAGAAUGCUAACAUCGGUAGCAUCUGAGCACAAUAUCAGUAUGGGAAUUCCACCAACUUUACAUGGAAGUAUAACAGCACCUCCUCUUACUAGUUAUGGCAAUAAUCCUAACUUAUGUGAUCAAUUAGAUGUUAAUAACCAUGGCUUGAGCAGGUGUCUAUAUGAAUCAGAAAUAAAUAAUUACCAAUCUGAUUUGUCUUUCUGUACACUUGACCAUCCAAACGAAUUUACAACCCGCGCUAGUGACUAUUUGUACUCACUUAGUGAAAAUGAGGGUAUUGCGGAUCUAUUUGAUUGUGGUGAUAUUGUUGGUAGCUUAUAA